AUGGCCCCAUUCGAAGUCGUCCCCGAGCGUGUUCGACAGGCCAUAACAGACACCAAGGUUACCUACCGUCGGGUUGGGGGUUUGGUCAUCUCCAAUCCAAUUAUGGGAUGUAUGGGCAUUGGAAGCUCUGGAUGGUGGGACUGGGUGCUUGACGAAGAGCCGGCGCUGGAACUACUUCAAUACGCAUUCAGCCGAGGUAUCAACACGUGGGAUACAGCAAAUGUAUACUCAAACGGUUGCUCUGAGGAGAUCAUCGGCAAGGCAAUGCGCCAAUACCAGAUUCCGCGUCGCAAACUUGUUAUAAUGACAAAAGUGGGCCGAAUCAUGGCUGACGAAAACAACAAAAACGAUGUGGUGGCGUUCAUGAGCAAUUUGGGAGUGGAUUGCAAAGACUACACGAACCGCGGAGGUCUCUCUCGAAAAGCAAUCUUUUACGAAGUCAACGAGUCCCUGCGCCGGUUGGGUACCGACUACAUCGACGUGCUACAAAUCCACCGCUUCGACCCGAACACUCCACCAGAGGAGACGAUGAAGGCUCUGCAUGACCUCGUCACGAUGGGAAAGGUCCACUACAUUGGUGCAAGCUCGAUGUGGGCGCACGAGCUGGCGCGACUGCAGUUUAUCGCCGAGCGCAAUGGCUGGACCAAGUUUGUCUGCAUGCAAAACCACUACAAUCUCCUGUACCGCGAGGAGGAGCGUGAGAUGAAUCGAUUUUGUCGCCAGCAUGAGAUUGGUCUUAUACCGUGGGCUCCUAUAGCCUCUGGUCUUCUUGCGUGUCGCUCCGAUGAGUAUGGCAAGACACGAAGAACGGCGUCGGAGUCCAAGAACCCACGGUUCCAGUACGUAGAAACAGAUCGGGACCGCGAAAUCAUCAACCGAGUAGCCACUGUCGCCCAGCGCCGAGGAUGGAGUAUGACGGAUGUCUCGCUAGCUUGGCUGAACAGACGAGUUACUGCGCCUGUGCUCGGCUUCACCAGUACAGCCCGUAUCGACGAGGCACUUGCUGCACGGGGAAAGGCUUUGACAGAUGAGGAAGAGGCGUUCCUGGAAGAGCCCUAUACCGCGAAGCGAAUAAUGGGACACCUUUGA